CGUGUUGUUGCUAGGGGCGUGGGUUUGUGUCUUAAAAUGGGCCUGUCUCCUUGCCAUAGAAAGUGUAAUUUGAGAGAGACAUGGCACAAAUACUGUCCGAACGAACGGUGAGAUGCUCUGGGAGAAAACUGUGCCGCAGUGAGCAAACAAUUUGAUCUGAUCAGCGCUUUUACUCCGCACCCGGACACCGCUCAACAGAGGAACUGCCCCCCCAGCGGAGUGCUGCGCAUAGGGGGCGAUGCAAUGGGGGCGAUGCUGUGAUGUGGAGGUCACACUUCCCUGACUUCAUUCUGCUUUUCAAUCGAUAAAUAACCGUAAUACAUGCGCAAUAAACAGCUACUGGAUCGACUAGCCUACGAUUAUAGUGGUCACAGCGGCUCACCUGACAGUUGCAUGUGAUGGGUAUUUUGAGUGAUUGGAGAGAGAAACAGGGAACUAUAUCCUUGCCCGACAACCGUGAGUGUUCAUCGUAGCAGUUCUCCCUACCACGAGUUCUGCAGCUUACACUGUAACCAAUUCGAUCAGUGGAUGAAACAAAGUCUCAAUUAACGAAGGCUUUACCGAAACUGCAUAUGAUAGCAAUUCAUUACAAUUGUAAUGUAUUAAUGCAACAUUUCAAUUGGCUGUUUGGCUGGCUGGCUUAAUUCGUGAUAAGAUGAGCCGUAUUAAAUCAUGCAGUGGCACCAUUGCGACUGUUUUAAGAGUUUUGUCGUUAUUAAUUGCCGUUUUAUAAAUAUGGUAGACAUCUCAAGUGAGACUGUUUAAGGGAUUGUAUAGCUGCCUAACUGCGUCAGUACAUGCGAACGUUGCAGGUAGCCUAUGCACAUCCUCUCUGCUGAGGAAGGACCAUGAAAGCAGUAGCCUCUGAAUGUCACCGAUAACUGUCUAAAUAUUUCCCGGGGAUGGAUUCCGGGGAUGACUCGGUCUCGGACGCGCCACUUGGAUCGACAUUCUCCUCGGUUCCCAAUUUAGACUCUGACACCAACGCCAACAUCCGUAUCUAUGAGAACGGUGGAGAGCGGAAUGUCAACAAUAUGGAAACUGCAGCGCUGAGAGGGGCAAGCGACCCGAGCGCGUACCCCUUGUCGGAUUACCGGGGACUGGUCCGUCAGAGGUUUAUUCGCAGAAGCUUGUGGUUUUCCGACGCGGACGAUCAAGCGUUGGACGCGCCAGAAUGCGUCAACAGUACUCCAAUGCUCAGCGUCCACCUGCGCACCAUCGUGGACCGAACCCGCGCGCUCGGACCUCGCGUAGCAUUCCAGGUCCAGGAGAGCUCGAGCACCGAGAGCCAAGUGGGGCAAAAGGACAGUGCGACUGAGAGUGUGAGCGCGGAUGAAGAGAAGGAGAGGAGCGAGGCCGAGCCAAAACCAGACGAUGCAGCUGCACCGUCGCCUGAUACCACCGGGAAAGCGGGGAUUGACGAGAACGAGGAUGAGAACGAGAUAAAAGCCGUGUCCACCUCACCCGGGGGCCGGUUUCUCAAAUUCGACACUGAGAUCGGGAGAGGGUCAUUUAAGACGGUCUACAAGGGUCUGGACACAGACACCUGGGUAGAAGUUGCUUGGUGUGAACUGCAGGACCGCAAGCUGACCAAAGCGGAGCGCCAGAGGUUUAAGGAGGAGGCAGAGAUGUUGAAGGGUCUUCAGCACCCCAACAUUGUGCGUUUCUACGACUUCUGGGAGUCACCGGUCAAAGGGAGGAAGUGCAUCGUUCUGGUGACAGAGCUCAUGACCUCAGGGACACUAAAAACGUAUCUGAAGCGGUUUAAGGUGAUGAAGCCUAAGGUUCUGAGGAGCUGGUGUAGACAGAUCCUGAAGGGGCUCCACUUCCUCCACACCAGGGACCCUCCCAUCAUCCACAGGGACCUGAAGUGUGACAACAUCUUCAUCACUGGCCCCACCGGCUCCGUUAAGAUCGGGGACCUGGGAUUGGCUACCCUCAAGAGGGCCUCCUUUGCCAAGAGUGUCAUUGGCACCCCAGAGUUUAUGGCCCCUGAGAUGUAUGAGGAACACUAUGACGAGGCGGUGGACGUCUAUGCCUUUGGCAUGUGUAUGUUGGAGAUGGCCACCUCAGAAUACCCUUACUCCGAGUGCCAGAACGCCGCUCAGAUCUACCGCAAAGUCACCAGCGGGGUGAAGCCUGCCAGCUAUGAUAAGAUCAGUGACCCAGAGAUUAAGGAGAUCAUCGGGGAGUGUAUCUGCCAUCGGCGGGAAGAGAGGUACAGCAUAAAGGACCUCUUGAACCAUGCUUUCUUUGCGGAGGACACAGGCGUGAGGGUGGAGCUGGCCGAAGAGGACGAUGGGAAAAAGAGUUCCAUCGCCCUGAAGGUGUGGGUGGAGGACCCCAAGAAGCUGAAGGGGAAGUACAAAGACAGUGGUGCCAUCGAGUUCACCUUUGACCUGGAGAAAGAGACCCCAGAGGGCGUGGCCCAGGAGAUGGUAGAUUCAGGCUUCUUCCUGGACAGCGAUGUGAAGAUCGUAGGAAAGUCCAUCAAGGAUCGAGUGGCUCUCAUCAAAUGGAGGAGGGAGCGAACCGUCCCUGCAGUCGAGAACCAGACCCAGAACCUGCUACAGGUGCCCAGCAUGGGGGUACCACGACAGGGGGCGCAACUGGCCCCAGCAGAGCCAGAGGAGGCAGAAGCUGACCAGCCCCUUACCCUGAUCUGCAGCCUGCCCGCACACGCCACCACGACUACAUCUGAUGGUGGAGUGGGCCUCAUGGUGCUGUCAAAUGUUAAAAACAGUCAGCGCAGUGCCCCAUACCAGUCCAUCCCAGAGCCCAUCUCUACACCCCAGGUGGUCUACAGCCCUCCUGUGCAGCCCCAGGCCCAGCUGCACCAGGGAGCCUACCAGAAGCCUACUGCACAGCCUUCCCAAGUGGCCUACUCCUUAGCUACUACCACACAGCUUCAUCAGGUGGCCUACCAGCAAGCUACCACUCAGCUGCACCAUGGGGCCUACCAGCAACCCAAAGCACAGCUGCACCAGGGGGACUAUCAGUCUCCACCUCAACACUUCAGUGAGCCCUUUGCAUUCCAGAAUGCUCUUCUCUCUCAAGAGAUGAAAGGAGAUUUCUUGGUUGGUUGUGUGACCAAUGAGAGUACAGUGUAUUGUGGUGGGACCAAUCAGUGCGCUAGAUGUGGAAGCACCUCCUUGAUUGACAUGUGCAGGACCCACUCCCUCCCUAAGCCUCUGUGCUGUUCUCCCUGCCACCUCUGUCCCAAACGAGACAAAGUCACACAUCGGAGCCCGGAGGGUAACAAAAACUCAGAGGAGUACGCAGCAGCCGCGGUCCCCCCUUUAGACUCCACUCCCCCUUGGUAUCCUGUCCUCUCCCCUCACCUGUCCCAGCACCAUCAGUGUUCCUACUUGGACUCAAUCAAUCAAUCAGUCGAUCCCCCCCAUCCUGCCAUCCUGGUUACAAAUCCUAUACGACGUCCAUCAGACCUCACUCUACCUCACUCCCUCAGGGCUUGUGCGAGCUUUGACCUUCUACUAAGAACUAGGAUGGAGGCUGGGGGGUCUCUAGGCCACCUCUACACGCCUCCCCUCCCUCCCUCCCCCCAGCGGUCAUCAGUACACACCUCCUCCUUAGUCUCCCCCCAGCUUCUCUCACUGCUCAGUAGCCCUCUAAUCACCUCCUCCCUGUCGGCUCCUCCGUCUCCCUCACAUCUUUCCCCGCCUCCUUCCCUAAUGGUCCGCUCCUCCAGUGGAGAUCUCUCCCUGCUCGACCACUGUCUCAGCCACAUCGUCAGUCGCAGGAGAAGCUCCCCAACACCCCUACAUGCCCCGUACUGGCCCAGCCAAAGCUAUGGAGAGGCUAGGGUUCGCAGGACCAGCUCCUCUACUUCCCCAGACAGCGGGGCCUAUUGGCCCAGCCAAAGCCAGCCCACCUCUCCAGUGCCUGAGCAUUCUGACCAAGGCCUGGGUUUGGAAAAGCCCCUGCUUCUAUCACCGAAUGGUUCAAUGCCCAGUGCAGGGUGGAUCCAGGCCCAGCCCCAACCCCAGGCUCAGCCAGCCUCUGCUCCAGCCACCCCAGGGCCUCCGGUACAUCAGAAUGGCCCAACGGCCCCACAGAGCUUCCCAGCUGCUGCCCCUCUCGCCACUGUACAGGCACAGGCGCAGCCUGCUGUUACAGCCCAGCCCAGCCACGAGUUGUCUGCCAGCCAGCCUCUACCUCAGCAGUGCUCUGACAUCCCCAUCAGUCUUGUCCAAUCAGCUGCCUGCCUGGGCAGCAAUGCUUCUACCCCUCUACAGCAGCCUUCCCAGGCCACGCCCCCUCUCCAGCCACUGCAGAUCAGCACACAGUCUGGUGCCCCUCAGGACCCCCAUGGAGAGGCUCAAGUGUCGGCCCUCGCUCCGCUCCACCCCGUCCAGCCUGCCAUCCUCUCCUCACCCUGGAGGGCUGAGGUGGUGGACCCCGAACCUGCUGCUGCACCCGGGUCUGACCAGACUGUCCCUGAGAUCCCAGCCCAGGUCCCACGCCUGGCUCCGGUUCCAGCUGCAGCCCUGAAGCCCGCUGGCAUCCAGAUAGCAGCCCCAGUGCCUGACCGUUUCAGCUUGUCCACGACUCAGCAGAACCUGGACACUGCAUCUGUGUCCACCUCUUGCCAACCUGAGGCCAGCCAAGAGGAGCCACUGCAAGAGAAACCCAUGGCCUUUCACAGUUACCCAGGCUAUGACAGCUUCAACUCAGACGUGGCGUCGGGUAAGGAGAUGAGUGAUGGCUGCGAUGGCUCGGCCAGCGGCGGGAAAGGGGACGGGAAGACCCGGAAACACCACCGCAAAUCGGCCCGCACGCGCUCCCGCCAGGAGAGGACCAACAAGCCCAAACUGAGCAUGCUCAAUGUGUGCAACACAGGUGAUAAGAUGGUGGAAUGCCAGCUGGAGACUCAUAAUCACAAAAUGGUGACCUUCAAGUUCGACCUGGAUGGAGAUGCUCCGGAAGAGAUAGCCAUUUACAUGGUGGAGAAUGGCUUCAUCCUGCCCAUAGAGAAGGAGAUGUUCAUUGACCAGCUGAAAGACAUCGUGGACAAGGCUGAGGACAUGCUGAGUGAGAACAUGGAGGGAGAGACGGCCUCCGCCCUGGGUGGCAGUCCCCAACUGGGACACAACUCUGGGGGGGUGGGGGGAGAGAUUCAGCAGCCCGGAGCACACCAUCCUGUUUAUCAGCAGAAUGUGCUCCACACAGGGAAGAGAUGGUUCAUCAUCUGCCCAGUGGAGGAGCCUCCUACCUCCUCCAGCCAGGAUGGAAUUACAAAAGUAACUGCUGAUGGGACUACAACUGCUCAGCCUGACAGGACUACAAUUGCACAGCCUGAUGGGAUUACAGUGCCUGGCCAGUCUGCUGAGGGUGGCACUGCAGGGACUGCUUCAGGCAGAGUAUCAGCGUCGUCCUCCAUAGCUAACUCAGUUUCUGGGGGGAGUGGAGGCUUCGCCUAUGAGGGCUAUGGCCUCUGUAGCCCUCCCAUCCUGUCCUCCACAGACCCUCUCCUCCUGGCCAUGUCCCAUGUCCCAGCCCCCUCUGGCCCCCCAUCUGUCCACCCAGGACCUCUUCCAGAGGGUCAGACCCACAGUUCUACCCUUCCCAGGGUGCAUCACACCCAGCCAGCCUCGGCUCCUCCAGUGGCCCCCUCUGGAGGUCGCCGCAGCUUCCUGUCCGGAGAGGAGCACCAGGGAGGAGGGCGUCUGGGUGCCAUCUCUCCCAUCCACGCUGCCCAGCAGAUGGCAGAGAUGGCGUGCACUGCCUCCAUGGUGGAGGAGGUGCCCUGUUGCCCACUGGUCAUGCCCCUGUCCCUGAACGUGAGUUGUGAUGCCCAAGGGAGCUCAACUCCCCUCACCCCUCUGCCCCCCCAGGACCCCUCUACUUCCUCAGCCAGAGAAUCCCUACAACUCUCCUACCCCUCUGUUUCCCGCGGCGACCGCUCCCAGCAGCCCGUGGUGCUCCAUCAGCCUUUCUCUUCAGUGGGUGGAGCCAAGGCCCCCUCGUUGCCCCAGAGCCCGGCUCCCCACCAGCACACGGCAGGGGGGCCCAGUGAGUCGGACGGGGAGGGUCGAGGGGUGGGAGGUCGGGGGGGCUUUGUGGACAGCACUAUCAAGACUCUGGACGAGAAGCUGAGGAACCUGCUGUACCAGGAGUAUGCUCCUAUGUACCCAUCAGGCACUGCCGCGGAGACACCAGGCUCGGGGACAGAGUACGUCCAGUCCCCUCCUGGGCCCGACAGUGCCACCUUGGGGUCAGGAAACAGCACACCUGGACCUAUGGGGGAAGGGCGCUACCGGACAGGGGAACAGCUGCCUCAGAUUCCAGAGAGGAUGGACAGUUUAAGCGCGUUGAGUGAUUCUGCCAUGGGUGCCCCCAUGUCUAGGAGAAAGAACAUACUCCACUCUACCUCCUGCUCGGGCUCCAGUGGCCGGUCUAAGAUUAUCAUAGGCCCUCCUGACAUGGUGACACGAGGAGAGCUGAAGCAGAGGAGUUGGAGCAGUGCUGCCUCCCCAGCACAUCCUGCUGGCCACUCAGACCACCGCAGCAGUGUCCAGGCAAUGGCCAUGGCCCCCUCCACCACCAUCGGACGCUUCUCCGUGGUCAGCACCGAGGACGACGUCACCCUGAGGACCCGCAGCAGCCGCUACUCUGCGCCGCCUGAUUUCUACCUGGAUACACCUCCCUCCAUGGCCAAACGGGGGUCACUGCCGCGCGCCUCCACUACCACUUCCAUGUCUGUUGAUGUUACGGUCCACGCACACCCACGCUUCCUGUCAUCAGACUCCGGGGCGGAGAGUAGUCCCGCCAAGCUGGCCCCUGCCACACCUUCACGGCACGGCCACUCGGGGGAGCGGAGAGGAAGUGACCUCAUGAAGAGGGCGGUGGCCUUCUUGCGCCGUUCGGGCCGCCGCAGUAGUAGUGUGCAGAGCUCUGAUUCGCCGAGCCGGCAGGGGGGCGUGCACGGCUCGGCCUAUGUCAGUAGUGACAACGACUCUGAGAUGGAGGACUCGGAUAUGAAGAGAGAGCUUACCAGACUCAAGGAAAAGCAUUUGAAGGAGAUUUCGGAGCUGCAGGCCCACCAGAGAGGGGAAAUAGAGUUGCUGUACCGAAGGCUGGGUAAAGCCACUCCACCCCCCCUAGGUUUCUACCACACAGCUCCCCCCAAGCGGAAGAGCAAGCACAAGCACAAACUGAAGGCUGGCAAACUCCUCAGUCCUCUGGUACAACAGCUGAGGAACGUUACCACCAAAACCAGUGAUUCUAGCAAAACCAGUGAGCCUACAGUGAGUCUGAACGGGUCUCCAGCAAAAGCUCCAGUUCAGUCAGACAGCCGAGCCCAUUCAGGUACCAGUCACCUGGCUACCUCCACCUCUGAGCCCGUCCAGACCCAGCAGCCCUGCUCCCUCAAGGGUUCCCUCUCCUCAGACAACAUUUACGCUGGAGCUGGACUACACGGAGAGGGGACAGGUCCACAGACUCCACCAAGCCAAGGCUGGCCUGCUUACCCUCCACCACCUGAGAGAGUGACCUAUAAAACCAGUAGCAAACCACGCGCUAGAUUCCUCAGUGGGCCUGUGUCUCUGUCUAUCUGGUCAACUCUGAAACGUCUCUGCCUUGGUAAAGAGCGUGGUAGGGGGACUGGAUCAGGCUCAGGUGCAUCCAACCAGCCGUCCCAGCAACAGACAGCCAGCUCCACCCCUCCUCCCCACCAGCCAAUAGCAGGGUUGGCCCAAGCCCAGGCCAACAACAGCAACAACAAGACAGGCACCUUCACUGGCACUUACCAUGGCGCCUACAUAGGCUCCUAUGCAGGGUCCUUCACAGACGACCUCCACAGACUGGUGGAUGACUGGGCCAUGGAGGCUCUGGCUGUCUCCUGGCGGCCGCGGCCCAGUUCCCUCAGCCUCAGUGGGCAGCCGCGUUGGAACGACGACCCCAUGGGGCCCCGAACCAGAGCCAGACUGGCCAGCGCUCCAGAUACACCUGCCAGGACAGCCCCUGGCUUUGAAGGCCCCCAACUCUCCCUGUCAUGGCCGAUGAUUGACAGCCAGGCCCAGGGGUCAGUGAUGAGGACCAGCUCCCUGGGACAAGCAGGGUUCCAUCCUAGCUAUAUGGUGGCCCAUCCAGCCCCAGACCUGUUUGGGGGGCUGCCACCUUCGCCCCUCUCACCCUUCUGUGUAAGCCAGUGGCCUGAGCUGCUGUCCUCCUUGGGUUCAGGGGUGUUUGCUUUCCCUAUCAUGCCCCCAGCCUGGGGCACCCCCACUUCCGCCCCUGCUCCACCCUACGAGCCCCCCGACCCCAAAACCAGGACCCUCUAAUCCUCUAACCCCUGUAGCUUCAUGUCUUCCAACUAUGUUACCAAAAAAUAAGUCAUAUGUAGUUAGAGCUGUGGUCUACUCUACGCACAGUAUGUAAACUGUAUAUAUUUAACCAGCAUGUAUGUAUAUAGUAAGCAUUUGUAUAUAUAGCCCAUAUAUGUUGUUGUCAAUGUGUGUGACAUUAUCAACCUCAAUUUACAUACCUCAUAUGUAUGUACAUAAGGGACAUAUGUAUGUUUUAUCACCUGUGUGAAUGUGUUGUACUGUAUUUAAGGUGUGUAAUACAUUCAUUAUAUUUGCAUAAUCCAUUCAUUUAUUUGUGCAUAUAAGCUUUCUGUGUAUUUAAAUGAUCUAUUCCUAUAUCAUUCAUUCCUACUGUAAGUCUUUGUACAUAAACUGUUUAUGUUUGUGUGUUUAUCACCCAUAUGUGUGUAUGUGUGUGUGUUUUUGUGAGACAGUGUGUGUCCAACAUGUUAUCCAUAUGUACAGUAGGGCUCUAUCCUAACCCAGACGAGAGCCAUUCACCAUCUUGCCGUCACUGUGAAGCCUCGUCUACCUGGUUACCAGCCUGGUCUCCCUGGUUAUGAGCCUUGUUACCCAGGUCACCAGCUGUGUCACCCUGGUUAACAGCCUGGUCACACUGUUGGUUUCCCUGGUUACCAGCCGUGUCACCCUGGUUACCAGGACCGCCUGCUUUAUUACUCUGACAUUUAUGUUGUAAUAUACUUCCUUCAUUUUCAAUGAAACUCUUACAACGCUAGUGCUUGAAAUAGUCCUAGGAAAUGUGGAAGAACUUGAACUUAACCUUCAGGAGAAAUAUCCUGCAAGAGUGCCUUGAACAGUAGUUUCAGUUAAUUCUGGAGACAAGCAUGAGGCCAUUUGAGAUAAGUUAGGAUAAUGGGGUCAUAUUAUGUGUGUGGUUUUGUCUUUAAAGGUACUAGGUAUAUUUGUGUGAAUGUUAUAUUUAGGAAAAAAACAGGUUGGUUAUAUUCAGGUUGCCAAUUUAGAAUGUUGGGAGUAUGACCAUGGUAUUGGUUGUUUUGUGAAUAUUAUAGUAACAGAUGGGACAUUAUCUAAUGUACUACUGUAAGAUUCACACAGUGCACUGAAGCUAUGUGUUGGCCUCUUUGUCCAGAGGCUUCUACAAAGCAGUAGCUAUAUACGAUUUUGCUCCACUGACCACGGCCUGCAUGAACACACACUAAAGCUUGCAUGGGAUAAGUGCAAGAGUUAGGGGCAUUCUCUGGGUGAGAGCUAGUGUUACUUGGCCGUCACAAAACAGUGGAUAUUUCGUACUGUACUGUACAGUAUGAGUAGAACUGAAGGGUUUAUCAGUAUGGACAUUCCUACAGUAUGCCUUAUUGUAGGUUUGAAUCAUUCACCCGUGCGGUUUCAGUAUUAAGUGAGUCAUUCCACGAAUAGUGCCUUUCAUGGCCUUGUGACGUUGUGUGCGUGUGUACAUUUUUAUAAAAUACGUCAUUUAACCGUUAGUUCACAUACUUCUCCGCUCUUACCGAGCUAAGCACUCAAUUUAACAGUCGGUUCACAUAAGUCCAAUAGUAGCGUGUUUUCAUGAAAGUAAAUUCCCAUUUUGGCAUGUCCCACAUCAUGUUUGACAAUUUGAACCCGCUUCACCACAAACAUUCCCAAAGUUUUCACCAUCGUUGUAAAGACGUAGUUAUUUUCCUGCCUUGACCAAGUACCAAUGGGUCCCUCAGGUUUAAGGUCAGCCCUGUGACAUGAACUGAACUCUCCUUUACAAAGAAAAAUGUAACAUCUAAUAGUCAAAGCAUAGUGUAAAAGCAGGUGAGCUGGGGCCCCUCUUUUUGUCCAUUUCCAGUGUUUCGUGGUGGAAAACUGAGCGAUUCGAUCAUAACACGUCAACCUCGUUACCCCUAGACAGAUAGGCGACACAUUUUUUAACAAGUUUGCAUGUUUGGUUAAUCUUGCAUUGAAUCGCGCCUCUCUGUUCCAUACCCCCUAAGUUAUGGCUUAAGUAAGAUGUAAUCGUCAAUGCUGUUACUUUAAUUGGCAUUUUACAGCCAUUUUUUUCUGAGAUGGGAAAACAUGUUUUUAUAUAGUUUAACAGUUACUCUUUAUGACGGAAAUAAAUGUGUAUUUGUAUUAUUACACCACCGACAAGGCACUCUAUUCGUGGAAUGACACAAGUAUGGGUUUUGUUCAUGCACAGUACCGUAUGACAUAUAUGAACGUUAGAGGCCGGUAUGAUAUAUAAGGAUUUGUAAUUUAUCGCAUGACCUAAACAAGUUGACUCGUCUAAAGCCCAUGUAGUAACCAACGGAUAAAAUGUGCAUUUCAUACGGUAUCUGUGGAGGUUGUUGGUUAAAAAAAGUCAUAAUGUUCAAUAAGGAGUUUGAUCAUUGACGUAAGAUCAGUCAUAAUCUGUAUCAUAAGGAUAAUAAGUAUACAGUUAUACAGUGACUAAUGUAGUGCUGUGUGUUGAUGACAGAGAAGGGGCUAUGUCUUCUAACUGCACAGUUCUUCCACUUUAGUCUUCUGAGAUGGUCAGAAUCACAAGACCAGCCCAGUGUAUAUCAAUCAAUACUUCUUUCAUUUUGGUUUUGGGUUGUAUGACGCAAUCAUUUAAAUCCAGUAUAACACACAUCAUCUUGUACAAUAAUAUCUAUCAACAAAGAUCAGAAAUCACAUGACUCAAACAAUCCCAGCAAAGGCUCCAUACCCGGAAUGUGAGAUAAAUAGUGUCUGUCACUACUACACCCAUUCAGCCAAUAUCUUCCUUUGCCAACCAGUUGGCAAUUCUUGCAAAUAAAUCCUUUACUUGUUAUGGUUUGAAGCGUUUCCUAACUGUACAGUCGUUCAGUCAGUUCAGUUUGAAUUGAACUUUUGUAGACGAAUAGUGCAGAAUGUUCUGCUCUGAAUCCAAUCUCCAUCCCAUGCAAAGCGAGACUUCUGUUCUCUGUAAACAGCACCUGGCCUAUGUAGCUAUUGACAGGACUCAUCAUGCGCUCACUAUACACAGCAAGGCUUUCUCUGAACUCUGAUCUGUGACGCUUGCAGUAGAAGCUCUGCUCUCUGUACGAUUGCUUUUGCCUAGCUUAUACUCUCCCUGCACUUUCCUGACACACUGAUCAGUAGCGCUCAUCUCGCUCACAAAGAUUGUACAUAUUUGAAGACAGAAAUAAAUAAUAAACUUGUUUUUGCUUGACAACA